UCUAAUAUUCUCGUAAACGAUAAGAUAUGAAAUUCACCCUUACAUGGAAUAAUAUGGGCCUCUCUCAUUUUCAACAACUUUUCCGGGCAUCACUAUAAGGCCAUUUUCAUUUCUUAUAAAUGGGUUUACUUAUAGGCCCAUUUGUUAUUGAUUAAUAAUAAAAGGCCCUUUAAAAAGCCCAAUAAAGCCCAUUAAGAGUUUAGUUGAGCAAAAUGACAGGCCUUCUUUAGAAACCGGAGAUCCAGAAGAAGAAACCAUGCGAUCAUCGUCGCCGAUCGUACUGGACUACUCUUCUCCUCCCCCUUAUCCUCUCCUCCGCCACCCUCGCUCCGCCGCCGUCGCCACCACCUCCGCCGCAGUUCUCUCGAGAUUCCGCCGAAGAAGCCAUAAUUCCGCUGAAAUCUCGCUUUUCUCCUACUCUUCUUCUUCCUCCUCGAAACUUUUAGCUUCCUCCCACAGAUGUUCAUGUUUCUGCUGCCGGCUAAGCCGCGGUUCUGAACCGGCCGUUCCGGAUGAAGAUGACGAUGAUAUGUACCUUGAAGGCGAUGGUGAGAAUGAUGUAGAUGAUGAUUACGAUAAUUAUUACUUGGUUGAUUGCUUGGCAGAUGGGAAGACGGAGGAGGAGUUGCUUGGCGAAGACGGCGUGUUCAUCGAGAUAAAGAAGCUGGGGAAGAAUUCGAGGCGGGUUCGGUCCAAGGUCGGGAUCGAAGCGAGUCUAGAUUCCGUUUGGAACGUUCUGACGAGCUACGAUAAGUUGUCGGACUUCAUCCCGGCCCUCGUCGCCAGCGAAUUGAUCGAGAAGGAGGGAAAUCGCGCUCGUAUUUUCCAGAUUGGACAGCAGAACCUAGCUUUGGGUCUUAAAUUUAAUGCCAAAGCCGUUCUAGAUUGUUACGAGAAGGAGCUUGAGAUUUUGCCGAAUGGGAAGAGACGUGAUAUUGAGUUUAAGAUGAUCGAAGGCGACUUUCAAAUGUUUGAAGGCAAAUGGUCUAUCGAGCAGUUGGACAAAGGAAAUCCAGGGGUCAGUUCGAAAUCGGAGAUUAAAGAUUUCAGGACGAAGCUGUCGUAUGUGGUGGAUGUACAGCCAAAGCCGUGGUUACCUGUCCGACUGAUCGAAGGCAGGCUCUGCAAGGAGAUCAAAACAAACCUUACUUGCGUACGAGAAGCUGCCCAGAAGUUCAUGGAAAGUGCUCUUCAAGAUCUUUGAUUCCUCCAAAGCCUGUGUUCAUAAUAUGUCAGCUGUUGCAAGUCAGAGAGAAUCAAUUCAAUAAGCUCUUACUUUUAGUUGCAAUGGCCAAGUUGCUCGUUGCCCUUAGCUUCUUUUGCCUCAUUCUAAAAUACCCUUUUUAGAAAGAACCAUUUUUGAACAUGGGGAAUUCCCUCUUUUCUGUUUUGAAAUAAUAUCAUUAAUUAUCAUUAAUUCCCUUA